CUACAAGAGACGGCCGACACACGAUUCCGUCUGCCUGUAUCAACUGCAUCUCAAAAAACGCCGACUACCUAGAACUACCCGGCGCAGCUUAACCACUCUUUUUUUUCGGCCCGAAAUAUACCGACGCCAUGCUGCUCCAGUACGGCCAAGAACGAGCAGCUGCUCGUGGAAGCACCGCUUCCAGCCCCGGCUCGUCUGCGCGGAGCAGCGGCGCGAAGAAGCCAGUGGAAAAACUGGCAGGUAUGGGUCGCGCCUCUUCCAGGCCGUCUACCACCACGGAUUUGCAUUUGUCCGGCCCGGAGACUUUCUUGCCGGAUCCCGAUGAAGACUCCUCUCUGUACGAGCAAAUCGUUAAUUUUCCCUCACAGUUUCAAAGUUGGCGGGAAGGUAGACGCAUGCGGGGGACCAGAACCAGUUUGAUGUCGGGAUCGGUUGAAAUUGGAGAUUUGGGCAACAAGGAUUUCUACGGGGCGGCAAGAACAUCAGAAGCACGAGCUGCAGCCGAAGAACAACACGAAUCCGCAGAGGUGGGCGUGGCGGAGGCGGCAAUGGCAAGAACUACCGAUUAUGAGGAUCAGCUGCAGCCGCUCUUGCUGUCCGAAAUUACAGCUAAGCCUGGUCCAAAAAACUCAACCACUCUCUCCUCCGCGUCCCGGACCGACUCGCCGAACAACUUCGCAGACAAAGAGACAGCUUCCCAACACACCAAAAAAAUGCGCGUUCCGGCCGUCGCAGCGCUGGCUUUUUUCUCCGUGUCGGGCGGUCCGUGGGGUGUCGAGCAGAUCUUCAAUUUUUCUCCGCUCCUCGGACUCCUCGUGUUGGCCUUCAUCGCGGUUUUUUGGUCCUGGGCGCAGUGCCAGUGGAUCAGCGAGCUGAGCUGCGCGAUGCCCCGGGACGGCGGGGCGUGUGUGUGGGUAAGACGAGCGUUUGGCGAUACAAUGGGCCACCAGAUGAUUUUGUGGAGUAGAGUUUCGAGCUCCUUCAGCUCGGCGAUUUUCGCGGUGAUGCUGGUCGACGCGCUGCUGGAUAUUUGUUUGAAAUCGGUGCUGCCGUGCGACUCGUUUUGGUUCACAUGGUGGGGAAUCCGACUGUUGCGGGUGUUGAUCAUUUUGUUGCUAGCGGUUCCGAGCCUGUUUUCCGCAAACACCUACGACCGAAUUCUGGAGAUCAUGGCAGUUACCGGGAUGGUCAGCUUACUGGCGUUCUGCGUCUAUGUGUUCGGCUUUUACACCGGGGGCAGCCGGUUCGACGCGGUUGCGAAGCAACCAGUUGUAGUUCCGACGAGCAGCGGAAUUUUGUUACCGUCGACCGGUCCAAAUCCGCAGUCGGGCGAAAUGCACGACAGGUUGCAGCUAUUAGGUCCUCAGCAUGAGGAAGUGGUCAUACAGCGAGCCUCUCUAGCGAAGCGUCCGACAAUGAUGGAGGCAGCAGCAGCUGCAGCAGCCAAUCCAGGCCCUGACGAGGAAAUAACAAUGAAGGACUCGUCGAUAUUGACAUCAUCUCCCAAAGAACCAACUCGCGGAUUUCUCGAGCCACCACGUGCUACUCCCGAGGACAAGAAUCAACAAGGCGCAACCCAAAAUGGUGAAUCAAGCACCAACCGCCCACCACAGCUCACUGGAGCUGCGCCGUCGUCACCAAACGCCGACCCACCCGCCGAUGAGGACCAGACGUGCAUUCGCCCCUGGACGAGGGGCCCGAAGGACUGGGGCAUUUUGCUCGACAAACCCCCGGAAGAUUUCCACUGGUUUUCCGACGGGAACAAGCUACUGAUGUUUGCCUAUUGGUCCAUGUCCGGAUGGGACAACGUUUCCUCCGUCGCCGCGGAAAUCCACCAACCGGAGAAAACUUUACCGAAAGCCCUGACUAUCGCCUGCGUCGCGUCCUGGCUGCAGUACGCGAUCGUUUUUUCCGCGGUGGCGAUCGCAAACGUGGAGCCGUGGGCGAAUUGGGGGGAGGAGGAAGACGAACCGGGCGAAAAGGACAUGAUCCCCAUACCGCAGCUGAUUGAGCGGAUCGUCUUACCAGGGCCAGCAGUCGGGGAGAGAGCGAACGUGGAAGCAGAGCGUGUUCUUGCAGGUCAUGAAAUCUCGGAAGCAGCUGCAGGCCGCGAAGAAGAUACUCAGCAACAAGCUGCCACGGACCACGAUGCUAAACAACAAGCUGGAACAAACAACACCUGCCCCAACCGCAAGAACACCGCGCCGGGGAAAAGCAAAGCCAAACAUCAGCAGUUCGCGACUGAGCACGACGUGGAAAAGACUCCUCUGUGGAACUUCCUAAAAACCCUGAUCAUCCUCACCAUGCUGUGCGGUUACGUCGCUCCCUACGCGUCGGAACUACUUGCGUCCGCCCAUCAAGUGCCGGGUUUGGUGGAGGACGGCAUGCUCCCGAAUUGGAAGGUCUUCAGCUACAGACACCCGAAGUUCCACACCCCCUGGGGCGGGAUCUUAGUGCACACGACAACGGUGAUUUUUCUGGUGGUGGCUUUGGAUUUCAGCAUCCUACUGAUCUUCGAUAGCAUGUUCAACGUGUUGCCGGACAUGUUUGGCUUGCUGGCGUUCUUCAAGCUAAGAAGAGAUGAUCCGCUGGAAGUGGUAGAAAUCGGAGAAAUCGCCGGCGAUUUGUCUUGUCGGAACUCUUUGGUGAAUUUGGAUGGCGAAAAUGCUCUUGCAGACGACGCUCUGGAAGAUUGUAGCACUAGAAAAAAUGUCGCGGGAGUAGACCAAGAUAAUGAGCGCCGUGCUCUUCUUGUGCAAAUCCCGUCCGACGCAGUCGCCGCCUCGGUUCCUACCUCGCCCGGAAAAAUCACCAAUCACCCAUUAGCAGGACAAGCUCAGCAAGAACCUGGCACAGCAGGCGUUAAGACCGACAAUCUCGCUCCUCAGGUCACUCCUUCUUCAACAACGAAGAAGAGGCAGUACCAGCACAGAGCGACGAACAAGCGCACCAGAAGCCGCAGCGUGACCAAAAAAUCCUCUCCAAACCACCACGAAAAGCACCACCGAACGCGCACCCCGACGCCAGCUUCCGGCGACGAACUGUCAACGACCUCUCGAUCGCCAAUCGAGGGGGAAACGUGCACCACGCAGUUCAGCCGGGAAGACCCGUCUUUUGCGAUCAUCAUUCAGACCGACCAGCCGGACCCGAAAUGUAGUUCCCGUGCAGAAGUAGAUGCUGCCUUAGCUAGUCCGAUGAGGAGCAGUUGUGGAACAAAAGCCAGCGGAAGUGGCGCCAGUAGUGCUUGUUCGCCUGAUUCCACAUGUAAGCAGAAGGAAACGAUGGCGAAUGCAGAUGCAGCUCCCUGUGACGUUCUUGCAUCGAACGGCAUGAUUCCUGCUGGUGGAGCAGCAGAUAUACAAGUGCUCAGCUCCCCCUCCCCCUCAAAAUAUUGAUAUUGGAAUAUUUAUUUGGUUACCAAAUAGCGCGCUUCUAUGUCACCAAAUAGUGCGCUUUUAUGUCAUCAAACCGUGCACGUUUCGACCUCAAAUGCGGAGCGCUUGCGUUGCUUUUUGUGCGACCAAAAGCGUCGCAAAAGUUUGCAGUCUCUCGCUAUGUUGUGAAAGCUAAUCGCGAUGCUUUGGGCUCACUCCCCCUCGCCAAGGCUGUCCACUUCCCCUCAUGAGGGGGAGUGGGCCCAUAGCAUCGCGAUUAGCCAUCAAAGUGUAAUAUUUUUUGAGCUCACUUCCGAGGUCGCAAAAAAGUCGCUGAUUUGACGACACAAAAAGUGGCGAUUUGGCGAGCAUUUGCCGGAAGUCUUGCAACUUCUCAACUUACACGCAGAAGAAGGCCCGGCCUUUUCUUUUGGUUGUUGCCGUCUCCUUGUUUAUUCCUGACGCAGUCAUCUGACCCCGAUUUCUGCGCCAGGUGUGCGGAGAUCACAGGCUCGAUCGAUCAAAGGCACGAAGACACUCCGGGUCCGCGACCUUUUGCGACGCGUUUGCUGCCACAAAACGCAACGCGAUGGAUCGCUGCGCAUUUAUCGGAGUCGAAACGUGCGCGAUUUGAUGGCACAAAAGUGCAACAUUUGGUGACAUAAAAACGCAUUAUUUGGUAACCAAAUAAAUUGCGAAAUAUUACGAAAAAGUAAUACUUUGAGGGGGAGGGGGAGCUUGUCACUUGUAUAGCAGAUACCAAACACGAAAAUUUCGCACAGAGCGAACGGGAAGAGCAGCACCACAUCGUGGAAAAUUUGACGCCGAAAAAUUACUACGUCGGAGCUGGCUGUGUCAACAAGAAUACAACCUCUGCCGUUGUUGAAGAUGGCAAGGGGGGCGAUCUGAAUCUGUUUCAGCUGCAACAUCCUGCUGCGCCAUCUCUGUCUACUUCCCAGCACCCAGCACACAACUACACGACCACUCCAGAUUUUAACCCUUUUCAGGGCACCCAUCUACAAAUAAAUCGAUUUGACAGCCGAAGAACCAGUCUUUCUUUCGUCCAGUCGGACGGCUGCGUGUUGACAAACAGCUGUUAUGGUCACAAUCACCUGGAAGUGCCUCGUGACUCAAAGGAGCACCAUCAUUAUCGAGGAGGGACACAGCAUCACCAUCAUCAGCGGCACGUUUUUGUCGGCCGUAGAACAGGGAGCAGCGUUCGGACCGCGAGCCCAGACGCGAAUUCUGUAAAGAACGGCGGCAAAAGCAAAAGCAGGAAAAACAAAAAGCGGGAGAACCGGGAUAGGAAUAACGCUACUUCGAAAUCGCGGAACGACAGCUUCGAUACUCACUCGAGCUUGGUAUCCUCUGCGGGCGUGGUUUACCAUCGUCACGAUCCAGACUACACCGGGAACAACAAUAAAGAGCACUUCUCCCCUUCUCUAUCCUCGACCGGAAGGCAGACCUGUGAUGUCGACUACUACAAAACCCUGCACGUUGAUGUGGAUGGUGCGACAAGUAUUCGCAAGCUCUCCGCACUUUCCAUCAGAAGCCUGUCGCUGUCCACAACAUCUUCCUCCCGGACUCCGUCGUACAUCCACGGUGGGGAAAUCAAGCGCCCCUUCGUGGUGAAAAGCUGGGUGGUAUAUGGGAUUUUUCCGAUCUCGUUCUUGUUGUCUAUUCUGAUCCUGUUUGGCAGCAUUUUCGGGACCUACAUCGACGAGGGAAAGACCACGACGAUGAUAGGUUUUUUCUCCGUCGUCACCUUCGGUUUCGCAAUGUCCUUCGGGUUGAACGUGAUCGGAAACUGUGUUGAGAAGCACGCCGCUGCUCGGAAAGUCGAUGAGCUGCACGGAGACUGUCGUGGACGAGGUGUGGGGUUUGAUGAAGAAGCCGGUGUUCUUGUGCACCAUUACGACCAUCAUGCUCCGGCGCCGGCACCACAGCCUGUUGACUGCAGUGACAAUGCAAUCUUCGCAGUGCCGCCGGGUGGUUCAUCUGGGGUGGAAAAGAUCGGCAACGGAACAAAGAGCAGCGGCUUGUUGUUGGAACGAUGUGAUGAACAAGGCCUAGCUAGUGCUAGUGACGAGCAAGCGGGUCGUGCAGCUGCGGAAUCGGAAGAUGUGAAGCCUUCUGUGUAGAAACGAUACUGCCCACCCUGGGGAAGUCUUGACUUUACUUGAAUAUAGACGAACUUGAAGAUGAUUAUAGGAAAUCUAAUGACACCAGAAUCUCGCAAAGAUUCUUUGCUACUUUAUGCCCAGGCUAAAGUAGUAGCUCCAGAACUUCCGUCUUAACUUUUAUCAUAGCAAAUGCACCUUCUAGGCAAAGUUCCGAGAAGAUCAAGUCGCAGCUUUAUUCAUGCACAACAGUGUGGUGCAGCGAUGAACUUCUUGGUCAAAACGAAGGACGAGAAGCAGUACACCUGGUAUGGGUUUUCACCACGACACUCAGCCUACAGCUUUCACUUUGGAUUAUUCUCGUAUUAUUUUUCAACCGCGACCGGCAAUCUUUCCAUCAAUUAAAUCCUCACGGACCGUUUAGUACUUUUUGAAAACGAACCGCAGCACAAUCACAUCAAGAAAUCUAGUAUACAACUAAAGACAACACCAGAUCACCAAAGAAUCCUUACACGAGGACGCAAGAGAUGACAAUAAGCAAACGCAAUCGAAAGAACAAACCCUCUGCAGCGCAAACUUCAACAUCGAACGCUAACGCUAACAAAAAAAGAAAGACGAUUGAAGAUCGGGGAAACAAGUCGAAG